UUAGUACUCCAAUUGAUAAAAUUUGCUUCUCUCGUCUCAUUAUUGCUCCAACAUAGCCCAGGCUAAAAUUUAAGUAGCACUAGCUAGUUAGGUUUAAUUUCUGUCUUGUAAUUGAGACAAUUUAUGAAAUAACCGCACAAUUGAUUCGAGAUGAAGAAGAGAGUAGCAAGCACCAGCACUGAGUCCUCUAAACUUGAUCGCAAAACCAUUGAAAAGAACCGCAGAAUUCACAUGAAAUCCCUCUGCGAUCAGCUUUCUUCUCUUAUUCCUCCCAACCUCAAGCCUGCCAAAUCCAAGUUGAUGCUAGGGCAGCGGGACCAGCUGGAUCUUGCAGCAAGGUAUAUAAAACACAUGAAUGAGAGAAUAGAGAAACUGAAGAGGCAAAAGGAGCAAGUGAUGUCAAACAAUGAUGAUAGAAAAAUGUUCAACAAUAAUGUUGAGUCCAAAUUGCCAAUAGUUGAGCUGAGAGACUUGGGUUCCAGCAUUGAAGUGAUGUUGGUGAGUGGGUUGAACAAAACAUUCAUGUUGUACGAAGUAAUUAGUGUACUCGAGGAAGAAGGUGCUGAAGUUGUCACUGCUAGCUUCUCAACUGUUGGCGACAAGAUAUUUUACGUUGUUCAUGCCCAGGUUAAAAUAUCAAGAGUGGGAGUAGAGACGACGAGGGCAUAUAAUAGACUUCAAGAGUUCAUUGCCCCACCAGAAAUCUGGCCGGAAGAUGUGUGAAGGCUUGAGUUACCCUGUCUAUCACGGGCUAGCUAGCUAUAUAUGUAUUGUGGCCUGGUCACAAAUUGAUAGUUUGAGAGCUAUAUAGUAGCCUUUUGCUUCUGUGAGAGCGUGUUAUAUAUUAGCUAUGUAAGAAAAAAUAAUAAUAGCUUUUUCUUUAAAAAAACAGAAAAGAGAAAUA